AUGUAUUUUUCAAAUAAUUCAAGUUUAUUCAUUAAUAUCAACAGUUUUUGUGAUUUCUCACAACUCAUAAUCACUUAUUAUUCGGCUCCAUUUUCUUCUAAUUAUCAAAAACAUGUCUUUUCAGUUAGUGCUACAUAUUUCGAACUGGGUACAGUGCAUGCGCGUUAUUAUAACGGUCCAAAAGGAACCGUUAUUUGUCGAGUUGUAGAAAGUUGUCCUGGAUGUUCUUUUGGUGAUUUGGACUUAUCUCCUGCCGCUUUCGAAAGAAUUGCCAACCUAGAACUUGGUAGAGCGAUUAAUUGGGAUUUUAUUAAUUGA